GGAAGGAAUAUCGCAACCGGACCGAUAACUGUCAAACCAUUAGUUGUCAGUUUGAAUCUAUCCGGUUUCCCUUCGAAAUCUGUUGGAUUUCCUGACAAUUUCUCCGCUGCCAUACAAUGACAGAUAUCGAAAUCGAUCAGUUUAGUUUCGAUUCGAAUUCUGUCAGUUUUUCUUGCGACGGGCCAUCAUUUGAAAAACGAUCGGUUAUUUUUCGUGUUUGUCGCACGCCGCGUUUUUGUUGCCGGUCAAAAUUUGACGCCUGUUAACAAAUUAAGUGGCUGGCCUUUCAAGUUCUCCACAAUCUGCUUCAUGUGUUUUAAAAGCGAAGCAGUAACCUCGGAGGAUGACGUUAAAUGUGGUCAGGAACUACAGAAACAGCAGCGCGAAACAGGCUCCGUUUGUUUGGAGCUGCAGUACAAGAAAGCCAUCGUCGUCCGGCUGCGGGGUGUUCGCGGCAGCAGAGCACCCCCCAAUCUGGCACACCAUCUGCUUGGCUUUGACUUGAGCAAAGAACUGCUUCUCACCAAUUUGCAGCAACCGGGGGUGCUUCCCGAGCAACUGCAGCAUAUUUUGCUGCUGGAUCAAGCCUUGGAGGAAGGCCAACUCAAUUCCCCAGCCCAAGAGCUACUAAUCGAGCACGGCUGACCCAAAAUGAGCGCACCAAAAAUGAAAUCCGAAAGGGUUUUGUCGAGUUUUUGGAAAGCGAAGCAGUAAC